AUGAAAGACUCCUUUCAAUUCGUUGAGAGAAUUAAGUCUGUGUUGGUGGAUGAUGACUACUUACUCAUUUCUUUAGAUGUAGUUUCAUUAUUCACUAAUGUGAAGCAAGACCUAAUAAUUAACAUCAUUAAAGAACGGUGGAAUGUCAUAAAAGAUUUUAUCAAUUUGGACCAAGAUCUCCUAUUAGAUCUCGUGAAAUUUUGUUUUCACUCUGGAAAGAAGGAUGCGGGAUGGGUAGUCCAGCAAGUCCCGUGA